AUGAAAAUUUCAGGAAUUUUAUUCACUACUGUUUUUGCGCAAGAAUCUUCAGGAGAGCAACCUCAGGUCGAACCUCAAGUUGAGGUCGAGUCGAAAUCAGCUGAUGAAGGAAUUCUUCUCGAGAGCGAUUCUACCCCAAAACUUCCGACGAUCAUGGAGCUCGUGGAACCUCUCUAUCAGGAAUGCCAAGCCUCCAUCGACUGCGAAAACAAAGUGCCUGCUCGAUGCCGUGGACUGGGCGAGAGCUGCGCCCAGAGCGAUCCCAUCAACAACCCUUGCGACUACCACUGCGUCACGGAAUGCCCCGAAAACCAAGAAAGCGUCCUCGUCGAGGGCUUCAAUGGAAAAACCUUUCGCAAAUGCGUCCCUCUCGAGCAAAUUCAACGGAUGAGUAGCUUUCGAUGCUCCUCGGACGACGCUACCGUACCGCAGUUCGAAAUGCAAGUGCCGAAGAUUAUCAAACACAAGUACAUCGAAGACAACCGAUUUCAAACUCUCAUCCCUUUUUACGAAGAAGGAGUUUCCUUUGCCAACUCUAGCUGUCUUCAUGUUGAUGAGUCUGAAAACUUUCUCAUUUUCCGGGGGCCGCUGGAGGGAGUGGAUGAAUGCCAAAUCAACCACUUUGUCGAGUUUGAUGAUGAAAACUUGUACGAUAUUUACUCAGGUACGAUCGGAUACGACGAUCUCGUGGGCAAAAUUGGGACCCGAGAAGUUGUCUACCGAAAAGGAGCUCACCACGACUUCGAAUGCCGAAUCAAGCGGUCGGGAAAGGUCGAUUCCGAUCUCCUGGCCGAAGGAGAUCGUCUUUCCACAAAUCUCACCGACGAGGCCGCCACCGAGUUUGAGAUUCUCAGAUGCACGGAUGAAUCCUGCGAGGAAACUACCGACAGUUCAAUAAUCAAUAUCUCACCUGACUCGCUUGAUGAUCCCAUGCUUUGGUUCAAGGUUCGAGCAAAGACAGACAACCGAUACGCUCAUUUGCGUUCCUGCUCUCUCACAUUCGGCGACGGAGACGCGGCUGAGAGCUUCGAUGUCAUUGAAAACGGUUGCUCGAUGAAUGCACCCUUCACAGUCCUCGAUAAGGUUCGUGAGACGAUUGCGUUUGAUAAAAUCGGGCAAAUCGCCUUCAUGGACUUUGACAAAUUAAGCGAGCUGACGAUGUCGAUCGAGUGCACUGUCGAUGCGUGCUUGCCACCUGCUUUCGGUGUGUACUCAUGCGAGGUAGCUUCUGCAUGCCAAGGGCGAUACGAUCCAAUUUACAGCACUUAUGGAAUCGAAACAAACGAGCCAUUUAGGCGAAAAAGAUCGUCUGACGACGAGACAAGCGGUGUUGUCAAAAUGACUGUCGAGCAUCCUUGCGCAAGAAUUACGAAUGAUGAUGACAUGAUCUGUAUUGAAGCAGAGAACUCCGAGCCCAAUGCUCUCAACAGAUGCUGGACACGUGCUAUCUGCGAUGCGUAUAGAAGAGAAACCGAGGAAACGAAAAUCAAUGAAGCUAUCACUGGAGAUGCUGCCGUGACCCUCGCGUCUGCUACUACGCUCGCUCUUUCCGCUUAUUUCAUGCUUUAG